AUGGACUCGAUGAGAUCUCUCAACACCUCACUACCGACACCAUACUCGGGCAGACCAGUCCCGCCCGAACACCUUCUGCAGGCCUUCAGAUCUGCCGCUCUCUCCGUCACAAACCUCUACAAGUCAGCCGUGCAAGACCAGAACAACAACCGAGCUGCCGGAUACCAAGAUGCCCUCGAUGACAUCCUACGCUUCCUCGACUCGGAGAAUUUGGGACUGCAAGAUGGAGAAGGAUGGCGAGUUCGGCAAUGGGUGACAGAGCGUUAUGAUGGUUCUGCCAAUCAGCCGCAACCAGAGAGCGAAGAUGAGAGGUCUGAGAGCGAGCCUGCUAGGACUGCUGCCACAGACAAUAUCGUCUCUAGUCCAGAGCCCCAGCCCGUGGAGCAGCAGGAGCAACAGCCACAAGAACAAGACGCAAUCAUGCAACGAAAUGAAGACACCUUUGAAGUGAACGCCACCGCUCAGCCCACCAUACACCCACCAGAACCGUCAAGCUUUACUUUCCAAUACCCCUCAGAGUCAGCAGCCCGGCUGCAGGUCGAAAGAGAACGCCGGGAAUCAUUCUCCGCACCACCACAGUCCUCGCCCGUGUCCGAUAGCGACGGACCAGGCAAUGCUCCAGCGAGACCACUCACGUCGAGUCGGGGCAUGAGAGCAACACAGCGGGGCACCUCCCAUCGGCAGAACAGCAACAAUCGCCAGUCAGCGAGAGGUCUGGGCAUUGCUUCAGGUUCGAAGCGAAAAAAUCCCUUUCCUGACAUCAACUUCUUUGAUAUUGGAUUCGGACCAAGAGAUGGGUCAGAUUCUGGAAGCAAGCGAGGGCGCUACGCAUGA